CAUCGUGUGUUCGUUCCUAUAUUUAUAUGUAUUCUUUUUUCAAACAACUUCAUUUCAAGUACUAAUUGCUUGAAGAAAUCGCCUUUGAACAGUGAAAAAAUCAGAGUAGAUUCGAACGUUUGUAAAAUCGACCAGCACCCGUAUUACAGAAUAGCAGAGGAGCGAAGCGGGUUGAUUCAAAAUGUUUUGAAGCCGUUUAAAGAGGUUUGUUAUACCACUUCUCACAGACGGGCAUUUAAAGUUGUCGUUCUCUUGCUGCUAAAGUAAUAUUUAAUUACCAUUUUCUUCAGUUGUAGUAAAUGCAAAAGAGAAAGAAAACGUUUUUGGUAUUGCUAAGUUGUCUGACAUACGUCUUUGGAGAAGAAAACAUUGAAUAUCCACAAACAUCCACUACACCUAACAGAUUUACACUCGAACUACAGGGGCAAGCUGGCCGCCCUGUGCAAAUUCCGUGCAACGUCUCGCCGUAUCAAGAAGAAAUAAAAUGGAUUGAAUGGAGAAAAACUAACUCCAAUACCCUGCUGUUGGUAAAAUACCCGAACUAUCAGAUUUACAUCAAUCCCGAGUUCUCAACGCGCCUGGAUAUGGAUCAAUAUGGCGGGUUAUUGAUAAACCCUCUUCGUCAUCGAGAUUCGGCCACCUAUGAAUGCAGGAGCUUUAUGGGUGAUAUCACCGCAUUCUUCCAUGGCUCGAGUAUCAAUUUAAAAAUUCAAGAUGAAGAAGUAACCGCUAAAACUGUUGAGCAAGUCACUGUUGGACACUCGGUCAUUCUUACCUGCAAAUUGAAGAACAAGGUUUCUUCGAGGAUGCUUCUCGAAUACACUUGGACUAAAAACAAAGUAGACGUCACCGUUGACCCACGAUUUACAGUCCUCAUGUCUGGUGGAUUGCUUGUUCGACGCGUGAAUAUAGAAGAUGCGGGAACGUACAAAUGUAGGGCAAAAACGCAAAGUGACAAAGAUGUACCCAGGGUCUUUAGGGGACUGGAGGUGAAAAUGGAAGUAUUAUAUCCGCCCUCUAUAAAGUUAAGUAAGCCGACAGUAAUAGUAAGUCAAGGAAGCGAUGUUCAAAUUCCAUGCACAUCACAAGGAAAUCCUUCUCUGAUUACUACAAAAUGGAUGUGGAAUGGAGAACAACUCCCCAAAUCAUUUCUUCCUGUGAUCUUCCCGAAUGGAACGCUGUUGUUAAGGAGUGUGAAAUCAGACCACGAUGGGAUUUACAAGUGUACACCUUUUAAUGAAAUUGGUUUAGGAGAUUCGGCUGAGACAAGACUUAAAGUGGAAGCGCAACCAUUAUUCACCCAAGUUCCUCCGAGGAAAUUAACCGCGAAGCUGGGUGAAAGCCUGACAAUGACAUGUAAAGCAACAAUUCCUCGCGUAACAUGGAGAAAAGUGAACUCAUCAUUGCCUAAAUUCCGAUCAACAACCCACAGUGGGCGCCUGCAUAUUAGGGAUGUACAGUUGGAAGAUAGUGGUGUAUACGAAUGCAAAGUUAGGACAUCUAGAAAGUUAUUGAGACGAUCAGUAGAGCUAUCGGUGAUAUCCACUCCAACUCCUCCUGUCAUAAAAAACGUGGAAAUGCUCUCAAAAUCUGCUGUUGUAUCGUGGGAGACAGGCUACAAUGGUGGAUCGAGGCAAACUCUGGAAAUUUGGUACAAAAUAUCGAACUCCGAUGAUUAUCAUUGGAAGAGUGUCAAAAAUAUACCAGCUGAUCUGACGUCCUACGCCGUAUACGAUAUCGAACCUUAUCAGUCAUAUCUCUUUAGUAUGAGAGGAAAAAACAAAAUGGGAAUCGGAGUUUUCAGUCGAAUAUUUCGUACUGACCGAGUUACUUCUCGAAUUUAUCAACAUGACAAGAGCAAAGUUCACACGAAGCCACUAGCUCCUAGUAACGUCAGCUGCACUCGAACUGCAUCUGGAUACCAAAUAUCAUGGUCGUACAGCCAGACUCCCGGCCGACCACAAGUGCAAUACUUUCUGGUCGAGUAUCGACGGCUGAAUUCAUCAGCCAGUUGGAAAUCGCUUGGAAAUCUCAUUAACAAGAAGCGACGACAAUGGCUGGUCGAUGGUGCCAUUGUCAGUCCAAAAGUGCCCUAUGAAUUUCGAAUGUUUUCUUUUGGUGGUGCAUUCAGUGAACCUUCACGUGUUGCUAAUGCUUCUCCAAUAACAGGAUCUGUUCAAUCGUCAACCAUUUCCCAAGGAAAUACUCACAUGUGGGUAGCAGUAAGUUUUGCAUCACUCGUGGUCGUCCUCUUGGCGCUUGGAAGUUACUGCUACUGUUAUCGAUUUAAAAAGAAACGAAAGAAUGUAACUCGUAAAGCAAAGAGAAUCAAUAGAAGUUGCAAGCUGCCUCGCCUGUACAGCUCGACGGAGAGUUCCCUGUCUGAUUCUGACUUUGACUCGUGCGAUUUACAUGAUGUGAAGUUCAUUCCCAACGUGUCAUCAUUUGUGCUGGAGAGCCAAGAAAAUCUCCACAAAUCCAGUCUUACUAAAGCUUCCCGGGCGAAAUGUGAGCACAAGUCUGGUCCAUCGCCAUUGUGCGAAGACAAUGCUACAUCAUGCGUCGUUGGAACAUUAGCGGACACGUCCAAUACACGAGGCCAUAAAGGACCGAUGGACCAGGAUUACUUUCCUCAAAAUUACGAGGGUUAUUUCCGUUCCCAGGAUGAUGUGCCAAUGGCGUUUAACACUGGGCGUUUGUUACCGGAGUUUCCGGAGUUACGAGAUUCUUACGAUCAAUUCUGUACGACAGCGAGUGAACAUAGUUCACGGGACGAUCUGGAAGGCGGUAAACUAGGCAACAGAGGCUCAGGUUUGAGUGUACUCAGCGAGCUGAAGUCCACGAGAGGAAUGAGGGAUUCCAUGUAUUGUUCAGAAGAGGACAUACGUGCUUGCAAACGUCGGCGAAAGUCGAUAAUGGAACAGGACACUGACGAAAAGAAUCAUCGUUGGUCAAUGCCGGAGUUCACAAAACUUUUGCAAGAGAACUGUGAUAAUGAUCCUGGUUACUUCUUGAAUUACCAGUACGAUUCUCUCGUGCAACAAAAAGGUGGACAAUCGCACAACGAACAAUCAACUCAGACUUGUAAUACGCCAGUCAUAAGUAAAGGAAACUCCGAAGAGCCCAUACAGGAAUACCUCUCCUCUGUCGUAACCACACCGGACUACCCCAACAUAGAAGAUCAGAUGUUAUCAGCUAAAGAAAGGAUCAUACUUGGCGAGUCAAGGUCUUGCCCGUCUCUGGUUCCAGCCUCGACGUCCUACGAUGCUCGAGAUUGCGACAGCUCCGGUUUCUACGACGACAGCGGUGAUGACUCGGUAUCUCCAAUUAACAGUCGUGAUUCCGUGAACACAGUGAAAGAGAAUCCUGAAUGGCAUGGGUACAAAGCCGAUCUGAAAGAUAGCGGAAUUUAUGAUUCUAAUGAAGAUGUGGGUAGUAAUUCUUCAUUAGGCGAGAUCAAUGUUUACGCGAGUGGUUCUGCGGGUUACGAGGAGACGAGUAACGGAAUACGGGACAGCCCGGAGGGACAGGAAACAUCAUCAACAAGCUUUGAUCAAAUCCAGGAAAAGCAUGUAGAAAAACUAGGCCAAUCCAAACAUGCCCUGGAAGAUUCCAGCUCUCGUGCAAAUCAUAGUAAAAAUAAGGAUUUUCAUUUUGUCAAUGGACACGUAUGCGAUUUGCAGCCGAAUUUAAAGCAAGUUGAUGGCAUGAAAACAUCCUGUCAUAAAAACGCACAUGCAGACAGAGAUAUAUCAGAUGGGGAUAAAGGCAAACGUUGCGCUCAUUUAAUGCAAGAAUAUAUCGUAAAUAAGAGACUGAGCACCCACAGACCAAAUAGUUCAUUCUACCGAACAUCGGCAGUUUGAUGUUUUCACCAAUGUUCAUAAUAGGACAAAUCAUCGCGAACAUUGUAUAAUAAUAUAUAACACAUAACGUUUAGUUACCAUUGUGAAAAACGAAAAUUGAAAGUGUAGCUUGCAUUGUGACCACAGACACGAUUGCAAAAUUGCUGUCGUCUAUUUUCAGUUCUACUUAGAUUCAAAAUUUCUAAUCGUCUUCCUUGAGUCCUCUCGUCGUACUGCACAUUUUAUGAAUACCUCCAGGAGGCAUCCGAAGACUGAAGUACUGUGCAAUAGUUUUAGAUCCAACCUGAUAUUUCAGUGUUCUUUUUGAUUCUUUUGGAUUUUGUGAGUUGAGUAAAACAGUGUGUGCAAAAUGUGCAUGUGAAAUGUGCCCUUUGUACGAUGAAAACUGACCAAUUUUGUAGAAGGUUACGCUGCUGUAAAUAAUUUUCCUUUCCACGGUCUUUUUAGUCUUCUAAAAUAUAAGCGUAUGUAUUAUUUUGACA